AUGGAUAUCAGUAUGCGCUCCAGUGUGUCCUCUUACGGGGACCCGCGCUAUCUUUCCACCGUGACUGCUUCCGAUGCCCCAGCUCCUGUCGUGCCGCUUGGAAAGUCGCUGGUGGACGGAUACCGAGAUACCCUUGACCCCCAGGCCGAUGACCGAUCGCGCUACACUCCGCUCAGCACGAACCACCCGCGAAGCUCGGCUCUCCCAAAUGCCAACGACUCCGUGACCAUGUACCUCUUAACUCAGACCGCCUUAGGGGAUAGCUCAAACUACGAAGUGCUGUCAUUUGAGGAGGUAGAGGACCUGAAAAGGGAAACCACAGUAUUGUCGAGUCGGAUCGCAGGCACAAAACGAAAAUUGGAGCUGGAGACAAAACUGCGAGAUGCGGCGCAAUCGCUCGGUAGGCUGUACAGCCCGCCCAGUCCGCGCAGCAGCGGCGAGUACGGAAAUACCCAUCGGAGAAGUCGAAACGUCUUUGGCCGCAGUGGAACUUCCGAGGCUCUCGAUAAGAGUGAUUCCGAGCUCGCUGUGAGCCAGCGGCGGUGCGAACAGCUUGCACAGGAGCUAUGGAAGCUAGAGUCAAGGGCCCAGAAGACUAGACAGCGCUUACUAGAACACACCGCGGGUGUGUUGCAAAUGACACACAAGGGUUUGAAAAAAGGACCCAACAACUCUGCCUCAAAUAACGCUUAUGACGCCCACGACUUCGACGACCGAAGCCUCUACCGGACUACCGAACAUCUGGAUAGCUUUGGCGUACACGGGAGGAUCGAGCCUAGUGUGGCCCUGCCCGUGAGCAAUGAAGCCAUGCAGGCUAUGGAGCGCAGGCUGGAGGAAAUCAGCGAACGCAUGCACGAUAUGAUGAUUCAGUCCAACCCCGGUGAAUUCAUCGACCCCCCUCCACAGCUGUCAAAGGAUGGAGGACCGGUCAACCCCAAUGGGACGGCCGAGGCACACUUAGCCUACAUCCAGAAUGGCAUGGACAAGAUCGUCCUGCACAUGGGCACAGAUCGCAGUGCUCCUUUGGCAGCUUCCGAGGUCUCCCCGGAAGCCGAAGGUGCCUGGAAAGUUCAACUCACAGAGAUCAACAAUCAAGUGCAGACCAUCGUUGAUCGCUUUGGAUUGACCCACUCGCCAACUUUGCCCCCGCCUCCCAAUGCCGACCACGGCGAGGGACUGAAAGAGCAACUCUCAUACCUCCAAACUGGUGUAAACGGACUGGAGAAUCGAGUCGAUAAAGUUUUGGAGCAGAAGAGCAUUCUCACAACCCAAAUUCAGCAACAACGUGAACUCAAUUCCAAGUCUGAUGCGGAACGAGAUGCUCAUAUUGGCGAGUUGACGGAACAAUUGACCUCCGUUCGCAGAGACCUCGAGGUGUCUGAGCGUGAAAGCAACGCCAGCCGUGAUGAGCUAACUCAGGUCAUGGAGCAACUUAAUGCCAUGCGUCACAGUGGCUCUUCUCAAGAAGAAUCCAAGGCAGCUCUGGUACAGGCGGAGGGUGAAGUCGCACGCUUGCAAAGCGUCGUCACUUCAUUGCAUAGCGAAGCCGAUGCACGGAUCAACGAGGUUAGCGAAGCCAGGGACGCCCAAGAUCAAGCCCAAGAGGAGGUUAAACGCCUCCAGGACCACCUGGAUGCGUUGCAAAGAGAUUAUGAUGCCCGAGUUGAGGAAGUCAGCAAUGCCCGGGACCGUGCCGAAGGUGAAGUCAAGCAACUGCAGGCUAUUGUUGAAGCGAUGCAAAACGAUACCAACACCAAGAGCGAAGAAGCCAGAGAAGCCCGUGAACAUGCAGAGAACGAGGUCCAGCGCCUAAACGCCCUUAUAAUUACUAUGCAGCACGAGACCGCUUCCAUGUCUGAGGUUAGAGAAGCUCGUGACCAAGCGGAAGAUGAAGUGAAGCGUUUGCAGUCUGUCAUUGAAGACUUGCAAAAUGAAACAGAGGCUAAGGGCAAAGAAGCGAGAGAGGCCCGUGAUCACGCAGAAAGCGAAAGUCAGCGCCUGCAGGACGUUAUUGUUGCGAUGCAACGCGAUACCGAUUCUAGAUCUCUAGAGGCUAAGGAGGCUCUUGAUCGUGCGGAAGCUGAAGUCAAACGUCAGCAAGUUGUCAUUGAAACUUUGCAAAUCAAUGGCAGGGAACUCCAAGAAGCCCAUGAUCAUGCAAAGAAUGAAAUCCAGCGCCUGCAAAACCUCAUUGAAACCAUGGAAAACGAUAGCGCGAGUAGCAGGGAAAUCCAAGAAGCACAUGAUCAUGCAACGAGUGAAAUCCAGCGCCUGCAGAAUAUCAUUGAAACCAUGCAAAACGACACUGAUUCAAGAUCCGAGGAGAUCAACGGCGCUCGUGACCGCGCGGAGAAAGAGGUGGCCCAACUCGAAGCCGCCAUUCAACAAAUUCGCAGCCAAUCCGAUGCUCGUGUCCAAGAAGCAGACAGCCAACGCGCGCAGUCUGAUGAAACUGCUACUCGCCUGCAGAACGAGAUGACUGAGCUCGAAGGCGAGAUUGUGCGGGUCACAACGGAAUUGACAAUGGUCAAGGCAGAGCUGGACGGUGCUUAUGGUACCAGAGCUCAACGUGCGGCUGAAGUCGCCACCGACCCCGGUAUCCAAAGGGAGAACGAUGCUCUGGUCACCCGGAACAUCGAGCUUACCGAGGAGCUUGCUGCGCUCAAGAGCCAGCGGGGAGGUGGCGAUCUUCAACAGCGGGCGGAUACCCUUGAAAGGGAGCUGCGCGAGACUAUUGACGACUAUGAAGCCAUGACCAAAGCCAGUAUCGAGUUUGAGAAGGAACGUGAACGAUUCGAAGGAUUCAUCGACAGUCUGCGGGACCGUUGCGAGCACCUCGAGACGCAGCUGGCGGAAGAACGAAUUAGCUGGAUGAAUUUGAGUAGUCCCACAUCUGUUGGUCGCGAUGGUGCUUCUGAGACCACGUCGACCAUGGUGCUCAAGAAUGAGUUCAAGAAGAUGAUGCGUGACACGCGCAACGAGAACAUGAAGAUAUUAAGGGCCGAACAAGAAGAGCGUCGCAGGAUUGAAGGAUUACUGCGAGCCCUCAAAAAGGAACAUGCACAGGUGACUGGAAAGCCAAUUCCCAGCCCAGUUGGCACUCCGUUAUGA